AUGGACACACAGCUAACAGAUGUACGUAAGGAAAAUGCUACGUGCAUAUGGUCUCAGUUACUCAUCGAGACAUUACUUCGAAUGCCGAAUUCCGAUACCGCUAAAGAUGAGCUAUUAAACACAUGUGAACAACAGUAUUAUGGUAAUGCAUUGGAAUUUAAAAAUGUGCAAGAAUUUCGAAAAGACUACCAGUCGGAUAAAGCUAUAUUUUGGUAUACAAAAUCCACGUUUUUAUAUCGAUUAAUUAAUAAAGCAAUACGAACAAAUAAUAUUGAUGUUAUAUUCAGUUUUCGACUUUUUAUCAAAGAUCUUUACAAUGAACUGCUAGUAUUACAUCAAAUGCUUCCGAAGCAGAUGACCGUUUAUCGCGGUCAAUUGAUGACAAAAGAAGAAUUGAACGUAAUACAAAACAGUAUAAAUGGUCUGAUUUCAAUGAACACUUUUCUGUCGACAAGUACCACAUACGACGUAGCAUACACGUAUGCUGAAAGCUGUCUCAUUAAUGCUGGUCUCGAAACAGUCCUAUUUCAAAUUGAAGUCGAUACAACUAUUGAUGCAAAACCGUAUGCUGGUGUAAUAAAGGUCAGCAAUUAUGAAGACGAGAAUGAAGUGCUGUUUUCAAUGGGAACAACUUUUUCGAUUGAUGAAGUGAUAUCACUAGAAAAUGAUAUUUGA